AUGGCCUCUGGGAAUCAGUCAGUUGUGACCAUGUUCAUCCUGCAGAGAUUCACAGACGACCCUUGGCUCCAGGUAGCCCUUUUCUGUCUCUUCUUCACCCUGCUUGUGGUGUCCCUGAUGGGCAAUGGCCUGAUCAUCAUGACUAUCCACCAUAGCCCCAACCUCCACACCCCCAUGUACUUCUUUCUUGUCAACCUGGCCCUGCUGGAUGUGGCCUGCACCUCAACUGUCUUGCCCAAGGUCCUGCAGAGUCUAGUGGCUGAGAAUACCAUCUCUUUUGGGGGCUGCCUCACCCAGAUGUUUGUCUUCUCGUGGCUCCUGGGCUCUGAGCUGCUGCUCUUCUCUGCUAUGGCCUAUGAUCGCUACCUGGCCAUCUGCCGACCACUGCACUAUGGCACCCUGAUGAGCGGGAGGGUCUGUGUGACUCUAGCAGCCUUUGUGUGGUCCAUGGGGGCUCUCAACUCCUUGAUGCUCACUUGCCUGGCUCUGCCACUGUCAUUCUGCGGCCCCAAUCUCAUUACACACUUUUUUUGUGAGAUUCCAUCUGUGCUCUUGCUGUCCUGCAGCUCAACCUUUGUCAACGAUGUCAUGACCAUCAUCACAGACAUGUUUCUGACAGGCCUGAACUUCCUGCUGACCAUGACUUCCUAUAGCUUUAUCAUCACCAGCAUCCUACGCAUCCACUCAGCUGAGGGCAAGCGGCGUGCCUUCUCUACCUGCUCCUCCCACCUGGUGGUGGUCACUCUAUACUACUCCACCGUGCUCUACACCUAUAUCCGGCCAGCUCUGGGCUCUGCUGGGCUCUUGGACAAAGCUGUUGCUGUCUUGUAUACCACUGUGACUCCCUCUCUCAACCCCCUAAUCUAUACCCUGAGAAACAAGGAAUUUAAAUCAUCCUUCAAAAAACUUCUAUUUUUCCCUAAAUGA